AUGCAGCCAGCAUCCAAUGGAAAGAAAGCCCAUAGAAGCCCCUCGUUAGGAAUCUGCAGGUCUGCCACACUGGCAAAACACCACAGGAAGACCUACAGCAGGGAGACAACACCUGGCACCAUACUGGCCAUUCAGUCUGUGCAGUGGACAAUUGUCCCUACAGUCACCCCAACGGGAACUCAUGGCAUUAAGGUAGAGGUGACUCAAGCCCUCUGGGAAAA